GGCCUCCGCUCAAAACAGAAAAAAGAAAACUUUAGGGCUCCUCCCCCGCCGGAAUAACAGAUGCUACCAGUUCCACCGCUUGCCGCCGCCCGCCGCGCCGCCACAGCCGCCGCGAGUGGCGCCGCCCACCGGCUCCUCCUCCCAGUACGCUCUCUAUCCUCCUACCCCUCUUCCUCGAGCACUCUCGUACCGCGCCGCCGCUUCGGCCACAUGCCGCAGGAGUGCACGUUCGAGCGCGCCCUCCUACCGCCGGUGGGACGGAACUUUGCGGUGGCAGUGGGGGACGGGGUCCUGGAUGGCGAGGCCCCGUCGCUGCUGGUGGUGUCGUUCUACAGGUUCGCUGAUUUCCCCGACCAUGCUGCAUUCCGGAGGCCGCUUAAGGAGCUCUGCGAGGAGCUGCAUGUUUCAGGUGGCAUUAUCCUUGCACCAGAGGGAAUCAAUGGUAGUAUAUGUGGAACCCCAGUUGCUGUGGACAAAGUCUUAAACUUUAUUCAAGAAGAUGACCGCUUAAAAGGAUUGAGAAUGAUCCAGUCACCUGUUACUCCAGAGGAUGAGGCCAUACAUCAUGGACAUACCAGUCACUCCCCUGUUGGUGCUGGGGAAGAUGCACCAUUCCGGUGGGAUCAUGUCCGUGUUAAAUUGAAAAAGGAGAUAGUGACUUUUGGAGACCCAGGUGUUACGCCAACUAAAAUGGUUGGAAAAUAUGUUAAGCCGAAAGACUGGAAUAACUUGAUUAGUGAUCCAGACACCGUUGUCAUUGAUGUUCGUAAUAUGUAUGAGAUACGCAUAGGAAAGUUUAAGAAAGCUGUUGAUCCAUGUACAAACUCAUUCAGAGAGUUUCCUACAUGGGUUGACGAUCAAUUCCAAUUGGUUGAAUCUAACACCCAAGGGUCUGGGGUAGAUGAUAAUGGAACUGGUGAACCAGCAGCAGACCUUAAUGGCAGCAAAUCCAAACAGCUACCAAGAGUUGCUAUGUACUGCACUGGUGGUAUCCGAUGUGAGAAGGCAUCAAGCUUUCUCCUCGGCAAGGGCUUUAAAGAGGUUUAUCAUUUGGAAGGUGGGAUAUUGAAGUAUCUGGAGGAAAUACCAAAGGCUGAAAGUUUGUGGGAGGGUGAAUGCUUUGUGUUUGACAAGCGUGUCUCGGUAGAGUAUGGAUUGGCCCAAGGCACCCACAAACUUUGCUAUGGGUGUAAGCAGCCAGUAAGCAAUGAAGACAUGGAAUCACCUCAAUGGGAGUAUGGUGUCUCUUGUCCUUAUUGCUUCGCAACGAAAUCCGAGGAGGAGAAGGAAAGGGCUAGGGCUCGGCAGCAUCAAUUCAAGACCUGGGGAGUGAUUGGUGGUCCUGAUAAGGGCAGGAGUACAAAAAGGCCUGAUGCUAACAAUGCAAUGGAGUCCAUACAGUUGCCCAAGUCAGUCUAACAUAAAUUGCGUGUCUGAAACUCAGAUGAUUGAAGUGUUGUUGACAAAAGUGAGGGAACCCGCCAGAUGGGCAGUGCUUUUGUAUUGGUUUGCUGCCUAGAGACAAGCUGCAUGGCCAUAUUUGGAAACAGUUGGUACCGUUUUGUUUUAGAUUGUAACAUUGCUAACCCUUGAGCUGCUAAAGAAUGUUCAAGGUAGCGCGGAACAAAUAUAAGUUAUUAUUUAACAAAAAAACAACACGUUUACAUUUUAUUUGGUGAAACUACCUGAAUACCAGCUGUAGGGAUGAAAACGGAUCGCCAGCUGCUGUAGGCAUGAAAACGGAUCGGAUA